AUGCCUGCUCCUCCACCACCUCCGCCCCCCCCUCCUCCUCCCCCAAGCAUGGGAGGUCCUCCACCUCCGCCGCCUCUUCCUGGAGGCUCACUACCUCCAGCACCUCCCAAGUCAGUUGCGAAAGGACGGGACGCUUUGUUAUCAGACAUCACCAAAGGCACAAGGUUGAAGAAGGCUGUCACGAACGACCGUUCGGCUCCACAAGUAGGCAAGACCUCUGGAGGCGGAGGAGGCCCUAUAGCAGGCGCACCGCCGGUCCCUGGAGGAAUAAAAGCACCCAGUGGUCUUGCACCUCCAGUCCCAAGUGGUGGAAAUCGAGCCCGGAGUCAUAGUGACGCGGGAGGCGAUUCCAGCCUCGAUGGGCCACCGCAAUUGGCAGGACUAUUUGCUGGAGGAAUGCCGAAGUUAAAAAAGACACGAGGAGGAAUUGAUACCGGAGCUAGUUUGGACGGUGCUCAUUCAGACUCGGAAACAUCUACACCAGCCGUCCCUCGGCCUCCCCUAUCUACGGCUCCGCGUCCGCCGUCAAUGCCUGCUCCUGCCAUCCCAGGCUUCAGACCUCCUCUACCCCAGUCGACAGACUCUGCACCAGCAGUUCCAAGUCCAUUGGCUCAUCUCAAGAAACCUCCUCCAAAGCCAUUGUCCAAGCCUUCGUCUGUGGCCAAUCUAAUAGCUGGGAAGCCACCUCCACCUCCGCCAGCUGCGCGAAAAGUCAGCGCUGCCGCUCCUCCUCCUCCCGCUCCUCCACCACCUCCGCCCUCGUCGUUAGGCUCCGUCCCUCUUGCACCACCUCCCCCGCCGCCCUCGAUAAGCCCAGCUCCUCCGGCGCCGCCUCCUCCUCCACCGCCACCACCCCCAGCAGCAAGCCCUGCACCUCCAGCACCCCCUCCUCCUCCCCCUCAAGCACCAUCAGCAAGCCCGGCUCCCCCAGCUCCCCCGCCGCCUCCUCCAAGCUCGGCACCUUCAUUAGCACCACCACCUCCGCCUUUACCGCCUUCUACUUCUCCAGGACCACCAUCUAGGUCAACACCGCCUCCACCACCCAGUCAACCACCAACAACAAAUGGUGCAGGUUCGUCUCUAGCACAAAGGGCGGCGGCGGCGGCGUUUGGCAGACAGUCAUCUUAUUCGAUGCCUGAAGCUCCGCCCUCACCAUCAUCUCCAGUUUCACCACCUGCUUCUCGACGAGUAUCACAAAUGCCAUCUCGAUCAACGCUAGAUCCAAGUUCAUACACCCUGACCAAUGGGAGCUUGUUUGGCGUCUCAAGCGGAUCGGGUUCGAUUAGAGUUGAUGAUAGCCGAUGGAAGUUUCAGGACGAAAGCCAGUUACCUGUUCCACGCCCAUUCACAGGCGUGCCAAAAAGAUAUCGUGCAGGGAGGGGGAGUAGUGUUCCGCUCGAUCUUGCGAGUUUAGAAUGA